AUGGCGGUCUCCCCGGAUCUCUCCUUUCUUCUCGUCAUCGGCCUGCAAAACCUGGUUAUGCUCACCCUGCUCAGCCGGACCCCGAGAAACUCCUUUCUGCGCUGGAUCUGUCUGCCCUCGAUCCUCUACUUCGCCUACCUCGAGAUCCUGCUCACCCGCCUGACCUCGACCAGCUUCGACGUCAAAAUCCGGACGGGCGGCCACGCCUUCACGUUCCUCAUCCAGUUCAUCGACCUCCUGUUCAUCACCAACGUCGACCUGACGACGACCAUCCAGCCCAACCGACUCCAGACCGCCUGGCGAUAUCUCCUGACCAUCCGCGGCAUCGGCACCCCCUGGCAGCUGAAGCAGCUCCCCGCCUACCCGCGGGUACUGCGCACCAACCCUCCCCCUUCGCGGACGCAGUAUGCCGUGCGCCACCUGGCCAUCGUCGUCUGGCAGGUCUUGUUUCUCCGUCUCCUCGCGCACCCAUCCUUGCACCCCUCGCAACCCUUCUACGAUGACGGGCAGGAAUUCUCCUAUCGUCUGACCCAAUGGCCCAGUCGGCUGGUAAGCACCUACAUCCUCGGCGUGAUUCCCUCUUAUCUCUUCCUGGAUAUCCUGUACCGGUGCGGCGCCAUGGUCGCCGUGGGCACCGGUCUGCAAACCAUGGCUGACUGGCCGCCUCUCUUUGGUAAUCUGGCGGAUGCUUGGACACUUCGUGGUUUCUGGGGAAAAUUCUGGCACCAAUACCUCCGCUGGCCCUUCACCACCCUCUCCACCUUCCUCACCGGACAAGUCUUGGGUCUUCGUCGCCACUCGCUCCUGGAGCGCUACCUCAACACCUUCCUCAUCUUCUUCCUCUCCAUGGCCAGCCACACCGUCUGCGAGAUCGUGGCCGGGGUCGAGGGGGGCCAUCGCGGGAACUUCUUGUUCUUUGCGGCCCAGGUCCCGGCGAUUAUGUUUGAGGAUGCCGUGCGGUAUGUUUGGGGGUGGUGGGUGAUGCGGAGGCAGCAAUAUGUUGUAGCCGGUCAGAGUCUUCAAUGGCGGAUGAGGACGCAGAAGGAGGAGGAGGAAAGGGAGGAGGGGAAAGGCGUGACUGCUGCUGCUGCUGCUGCUGCUCCUUCUCCUCCCCCCCGUCUCUGGCAGCGCAUGCUAGGCGCAAGCUGGGUCAUCACCUGGAUAGCUUUCUCGUGGACCUGGUAUUAUUUUCCAAUCAUCCGGUCGAUGAUCAAGCAGGAGGACCGGAUGGUGGCGCCGCCACCGGGAGCGGCAACUGAUUGGGACUGGAGGACGUCGGGUCUGCUCGGGUUGGUGGUCGGGGGUGCGGUGUUGCUUCGCGUGGUGUUUAGGGCUGAGCUGUGA